AUGGACAUCGGUCUUCGUCGAUUGGAAUGCGCUGAGAAUGAGCUCUCCAUCCAUGAUACGCCCAGCACCUAUCCCCGCCUGUGUCGCCUCGGAGAUGGUUCCAUCCUUGCAGGCUUCACCUCUUUCGAGCCUGACGGCCAGCGCGUUCUCACCAUCAAGCGCAGCACCGACGAGGCCGUUACCUUUGAGCCUCACGGCGAAGUAACACGCUCCUCCGGUGACUGCGACAAUCUCUUUCUACUCGAGCUGCCCGCUUCCACCGACUCGGGCCCGCCCACUAUCCUGGCUGCUUUCCGAAACCACGACCUCGGUGAGGACGGCGCCCACACCUACUUCCGCAUUACCGUCUGCCAAUCCACCGAUGGCGGCCAGACUUGGACCUUCCUGUCCCAGGCCGCCGAGAAGCCCGCCCCGUUUGGCCUUUGGGAGCCCUUCCUCCGCAUGACCGACGACGAGAUCCACAUGUACUUCUCGCAGGAAAUGGAUACGGACGACCAGGAUACCAUGCUCGUGCGCAGUACCGACGGCGGCGCGACUUGGACGGCCACCCAACGCGUGACGGGCGAGGGCGAAGCGCUCCGCGACGGCAUGGUUGGCGUGGCGGCGGUGAAAUCCUGCGAUGCCGAGCUGGAGGGACUUGUUCUGGUCAUGGAGACAACCCGCCUGGGCACCUUUUCCAUUGAGGCAGCUUUGUCUUUCGAUAACGCCGAGACAUUCGGCUCGCGGCAGCCAGUGUAUGUGCCAAAGGAGGGGCGGAACGCUGGGGCACCUCAGAUCACAGCAUUUGCCGAUGGCUCGGUGGCGGUCGUGUUCAUGACGGACGAAGACGACGAGGACGACCCCACCUGGCCGUCGGGAGCCAACAUCAAGGCUAUAUUCGGUAUGCUGACCGCUGACGGAUCGCUCAGCUGGAGCGAACCCCAGGUUAUAGGCGAAAAGAUGAGUUCCUGGCCGGGUAUCAUGCAUAUGCGUGACGGCUCGGCCAUGGCCGUUUACGAGUCAACGUCGAUCAUCAGAGGCCGUAUGCUGAGUAUCACAUCGGAAUGA